GCCAGAGACUCGACCUGCAUUGGGCGGGGCACGUUGCGGAGGAGCUGUAGCCUGCGCUUCGCUACAGCGGCGAUGCUCAUGGCGGCGGGCGUGGCUCGCCGACGGCGGGGGGGCAGAGGCGGAGCCAGGGCAGAGACCGGGUCUGCGUCGGCUCAGUGCUAUGACACCCUGAACCGGGGGCGGAGCCUAAGCGGUGACGCGCGGAGGCGGGGUGGAGUCUGGCGGCCUAGGGAAAGUCUGGACCAGGUCGGGCGCUGCGGGCCGCGACGGCUGCAGUGCGUCCGCCGCACCGCUAGGGGCCAGCGUGGGCGGCCGGAAGAGUCCAAACCACAGAGUGAGAGAAACCGGCCAGCGCGGAGCGAGGACGCGGAGCAUCCCGGAUCUUGGCUUCAACAUCCAGAGUUGACCCUGAGAUCCAACCUGGCCACGUUGACCCUGGAUCCUGCACACCAGCCAGAGCUGACCCUGAGCCCCAGGCUAGCUGAGCUGACCCCGGGUUCUGCAUGCCAUCUGGAGAUGAUCCUCAGUCCUGGCUCAACUGAGCUGACCCUGGAUCCCGCACACCAGCCAGAGGAGACCCCAGCCCCCAACCUGGCUGAACUGACCCUGGAGCCUGUGCACUGCCGACCUGAGCUCCUGGAUGCCUGUGCCGACCUCAUCAAUGAGCAGUGGCCCCGAAGCCGUGCCUCCCGCCUGCACUCCUUGGGCCAGUCCUCAGACGCCUUCCCCCUCUGCCUGAUGCUGCUGAGCCCCCAACCCACACCCGAGGCCGCCCCCAUUGUGGUGGGUCAUGCCCGCUUGUCACGGGUGCUGGACCGGCCCCAGAGCCUCCUGGUGGAGACAGUGGUGGUGGCCCGGGCUCUGAGGGGCCGCGGCUUUGGCCGCCGUCUUAUGGAGGGCCUGGAGGUUUUUGCUCAGGCCCGGGGCUUCCGCCGGCUACACCUCACCACCCAUGACCAGCUGCAGUUCUAUGCCCACCUGGGCUACCAGCUGGGUGAGCCUGUGCAGGGCCUGGUCUUCACCAGCCAACGGCUGCCUGCCACCCUGCUCAAGGCCUUUCCCAGAGCCCCCUCUCCCCGGCCACCAUGCAAGGGUUCUAGUCUAACUGCCCAAACUGCCCCAAGAGCCUCCAAGGGGCCAUCAUUGCCACCACCCCCUCCCUUGCCUGAGCCCUUGACCACCUCACCCCCACCUCCUGCAGGGCCCCCUCCACAAAGCCUGCAGGAGAUGCAGUACCAAGACCUGAGAGGAUGCCCCAUAUUCUGGAUGGAAAAGCACAUCUGAGGGCUACCCAGGGCAAGGCACUGUCCUUCA